GUAAGACUUUUGCACAGUGAUGAGGUCAUCAUGAGACACAUUCAACAUAAAUGAGGUAAUAAAAAUGGUGACCUUCAGGUCAAACUGAGAGCUGUUCAAAGGCAGCAGGAGUUGUGUUUGUAUUUUUAUUUGUUUCAGUCUCUGAGGAUGAAGAGCCGCGGCCUCGCGCUGCUCUCUGAUUGGCUCACAGCUCAGUUCCUCCUGAGGAAACCACUCCUUUUAUGGUGAACGGAGCUCCGCGCGCCCGGCUUCCGGGUUCUCUGACCCAGCAUGUAGAGGAGCAGAACCCCUGGAGCUCCGCGGGGGAACACGGUACCGAUCCGGGCCCGUCCAUCAGUCAUCAGUGCAGAAUGGGGAACUUGAUCAAAGUUUUGACCAGAGACAUCGACAACAACGCUGGAAACUUCUUCCUGGAUUUUGAAAACGCUCAGCCGUCAGAGUCAGAGACUGAAGUAUGGGAGAAGGUGAACCAGGUUCUGAUGGAGGCCCAGGUCAUCCUGCAGGACCUGCAGACGUACAGAGGAGCUGGAGAGGAGAUACGACAGAAUCCGGACGUUCCGAUUGAAAACACGACGGACUGUUUGAGCACGAUGGCCUGCGUCUGCAAAGUGAUGUUGGAAACUCCGGAGUACCGCAGUCGUUUCACCAGCGAGGAGACGGUGUUGUUCUGCCUGCGGGUGAUGGUCGGUGUCAUCAUCCUGUAUGACCACGUCCACCCGGCCGGCGCCUUCGUUAAGACCUCCAACAUCGACAUGAAAGGCUGCAUCAGAGUCCUGAAGGAGCAGCAGCCCAGCAGUGUGGAGGGUUUACUCAACGCUCUCAGGUACACCACCAAACAUCUGAACGACGAGACUACCUCCAAGCAGAUCAAAGCUAUGCUGCAGCCAAAUUAAAGGGGCGGAGCCGAGUUCUGGUCCAGAUUUCAGAAGAACUACUGAACAAACGCGUCAUGAUUGUUUUUAUUUGUUGUUGUUGUUGUGGAAAGAUGUUAAAGUUGUUGUUUAAAAGUGUUUGUUGAUCCUGAAAGGUUGAGUUGAAUCAGCUGGACCUUAUUGGUUCAGGUCCAGUUGAAGUGAACGGGUCAGGAUCAGAACUUCCUGUUUGACUGAAAACCUUCUGAUCAGAUUCACCUGAAACAUUUCCGACUCAUCGACCUGUUGUUGACUGACUGAUCCUCCUGCUCUAAAGUCUGCAGAGUGAAAAACUGCAGUGAUUUUAGUUUGAUUCUCCACACAUCAGAUCAGCUGCAGCCUGCAGGAAACGUUCAAAUCAUCAAAAAUCAGAUUUUAUCACAGCUCUGAGUUUUUAAUGUUUUAUUAAAAGUGUUGAAUCUCUCAGAAAAUGUUUGUUUCCAACCAUUUCACAAGUUUGUCAUGAAGAUUCUGAGUUGUAUGUUCUUCCUCUU